CGAUCCACGAAGAAGAAGAAGAAGAAGAAGGGGGCGGAGCUUAGUUUGAACCAGAUUCCCGCCGCAGAGAGAAGUGUCAGGUUUCCUUCGGCGACAGUUAGCAUGAAGCUAAGCUAGUCCUCCAUCAUUAUCAUCAUCAGCGGAAAGUUUUGACAAACUGACCUGCCGCUGGUUCGCUUCAGCGGGCUUUUAUGGACCAACACCGCGGUGUUUACACGGUUGUUGUUGUUAUUAUAUCGGUUACAGCCGUGUAGUUUGAUCUUUCUGGAUAACUUUUUUUAAAAGUUAAAUAAAGCGAGGCGGUUAUCAUGGCAGAGGGAGCGGACUGCGGCUCGCUCAACGCCGCGAAGAGGAGGCAACCAGCGGGGAGGAAGAGCCGGCAGAGCCAGCACAAGAAGACCUCCAGCAGCCGGGUGAGUCUGGAGAAAGUUUUGGGUAUCAGCACAGCCAGCAGCAGCGGUUUGACCUCUGACCACAACUCUGGGCUCAUCGCCUAUCCUGCAGGGUGUGUCGUCGUGCUGCUUCACCCGAAGAAGAACAAACAGAGUCACAUCAUCAACACGUCCAGAAAGCCCUUCAGUGCUCUGGCCUUCUCCCACGAUGGAAAACACCUGGUCACUGGCGAGAGCGGUCACAUGCCCUGUGUGCGGGUGUGGGAGGUGGGCGGAGGUCAGGUGGCCGAGGUUCAGUCUCAUAAAUACGGCGUUUCCUGUGUGGCGUUCUCCACCAACAGCUGCUACAUCGUCUCUGUGGGAUACCAACACGACAUGACAGUUAGUGUGUGGGACUGGAGGAAAGGUUCGAUCGUCGCCUCCAACAAAGUGUCCAGCAGAGUGUUGGCCGUCUCUUUCUCUCAGGACAACAGCUACUUCGUCACCGCAGGAAACAGACACGUCAAGUUCUGGUACCUGGACGCCUCCAAAGAACGACGGGUGAACAGCACGGUGCCUCUGAUUGGUCGGUCAGGGUUGCUAGGCGACCAUAAGAACAACGUGUUCAGCGGGGUGGCGUGCGGGCUCGGUCUCAUGGCGUCCAGCACCUACUGCAUCACCAGCUCCGGUCUGCUGUGUCUGUUCAACGGCAGCCGACAGCUGGAGGCCUGGGUCAACCUCAAGACGUCGUCGGCGAGCUGCCUGGCGGUCAGUGAGGAGUUCAUCUUCUGCGGCUGUGCCGACGGCGUCAUCAGAGUGUUCAGCCCAUCCAGCCUGCAGUACAUCGCCACUCUGCAGCGGCCGCACCGACUGGGCGUCGACCUCACCCAGAGCGUGCAGCACGGCGGCCUGUUACCUGCGGUGGCUCAGUACCCCGACACGUUGGCUCUGACCUUUGACCCCGCUGCCGGACACCUGACCUGUGUGUACAACGACCACAGUGUGUACGUGUGGGACGUUAAAGAUGUGAGGAGCGUGGGGAAGCUGUACUCCGCUCUGUACCACAGUAGCUGCGUGUGGAGCAUCGAAGUGUAUCCGGAGCUGUCAGAUGCGUCUCAGGCCUGCCUGCCUCCGUCCUCCUUCCUCACCUGUUCGUCUGAUAACACCAUCAGACUGUGGCACGCCGACCCCCCCACCGGACACAGAAACCUCUACAGCAACGACCUGCUGAGGAUUUUGUACGUGGGCGAGGACACGCAGCACCUGCAGGCCGAGGGGGAGAGGGCGGAGGCAGCGGGGGCUGAUGGGAAGGCCGGGAUCAGAGUGCUGGGUAUCAGUCCUGAUGGACAGCACCUGGCAGCUGGAGACCGCUGCGGAAACCUGCGUAUCUUUGGUCUGGAGUUCCUGGACGAGCUGGUGAAGAUCGAGGCUCAUGACUCGGAGGUGUUGUGUCUGGAGUUCUCCCCUACGUCCACAGGUGUGAAGCUGUUGGCGUCGGCCAGCAGGGAUCGACUAAUCCACGUCUUCAACCUGGAGAAGAACUACAGUCUGGAGCAGACUCUUAACGACCACUCUGCCUCCAUCACUGCUGUCAAGAUCACGGGUGAGAGUCCUGAGGUUCGAAUGGUGAGCUGCGGAGCCGACAAAAGCAUCUACUUCCAGACGGCCGAACGGACCGCCGAGGGUUUGUCGUUCUCCAGGAGUCACCACGUGGUGGAGAAGACCACGCUGUACGACAUGGACCUGGACUCGUCGAGGACGCACGUCGCCAUCGCCUGUCAGGACCGAAACAUCAGGGUGUACAACGUGGAAACUGGGAAGCUGAAAAAGUGUUUGAAAGGCUCGUCCAGCGAUGAAGGAGCUCUGCUGAAGGUUCAGAUGGAUCCGUCUGGGUCGUUCUUCGCCACCAGCUGCUCUGAUAAAAACAUCACCAUCUUUGACUACGAGUCAGGAGAGUGUGUCGCCACCCUGUUCGGGCACUCUGAGAUUGUCACCUGUAUGAGGUUCAGUCAGGACUGCAGACACCUCAUCACUGUGUCGGGAGACAGUUGUGUGUUUGUGUGGAGGUUGGACCCUCAGAUGACCAGCACCAUGAGGAAGAGGCAGGGACUCAAACUGACGGCCGCACCUGAAGCCUGCAGCCGCAAACAGCAAAACAUCAGGAGGGAGACCUUCAUCACUGUACCCUCCUCUCAGCUGCCUCAGAUGGAGGAGGAGGAGGAGGAAGAGGCCGACCUCAGGACUCCAGCCAGACUGGACUCUGCUCAAGAUGCUCCGCUGCUGCAGACCAACGGAAAGCUGCCCAUGUGGUUCAGAAAACUGGGUCAGGGCGGAGCCUCCUCUGGCGUCCAAUCAGACGCCGAACCUCGUCAGGUACGGAGUCGGUGGGCGGAGCAGCCGAAUCCUCUGACCAUCUGCUCCGUCAUCUCUCCCUAGAGAGAGGAGGAGGAGGAAGAAGACUUCCACCCUCAGAGUCUGGAGAGUCUGCUGGGAGAGGAUGAGGAGGAGGAGGAAGGAGAGGAGGAGGAGGAGGUGCUGCAGAAUCCAGGUGAGGACAGGAGCAGGUACAACACCAACAACACUACCACUGACAGGGACUUUGAUGUUGAGGGUGUGACUGACCCUCGGCGGACCCAGCUGGAGGUCAGAGGUCAGGGGGCAGAGCCAGUGUGGAGCACUCAGCUGAGUCCAGACUCCGCCUACUCCGAAGACUUAGCAGGAAGUCUGGAGCAGCAGCACGACGCCGACACGGACUCUCUCAGUCAGGGCAGCUCUGUGGGCAGCUUGUGUCUGGAGGACGACGAGGACAGAAACUCUCUGAAGAACCACUUUGAUACUCUGGCCUCCGGUCUGAAUGACGAGAAGUUUGACACAGACCUGCGGACUCUGCAGCCUCCGGAGGAAAAACCCUUCCUGAACUCUCGACUCAGCAUCUCGACUCGCUUCCUGUCCCGAUUCCAGGACAGAAUCAGGUUGUGGCCGAGCCGAGUUCCGCCUCCUGUCUCGAUCCCGACCAGGAUCUCAGAGGAGAGCAACGUCAGCAGCACAUCGGUGAACUCUGAGUUGAGCAGCGAGGUCACCUCAACUGAGUCAACUCAGAAAGAAAACAACAACAACAACAACAGUGGAGUGAGAUGCAGCCAGUCAGUACUUCGUCGUAGAGCUUCCUGCAUGAUUUCCCAUCAGCCCCUUCGCCGCCCAGCGCGCCGACGACACACUGUGGUGGUCGUCCGGUGCAGAGAAACGCUGCGAGACGUCACCUCCAGGACUCUGGUGGCCCAGAACAGCAGCGUGGUGUCUGCAGUCCAGCAGGGGGCGCCUCGGGUCGGAUACCUGGGAACCACAGCCAGCUCAAGGGCCAAACUGAGCCAGGACACCGCCAACUCUUCCACCACCUCCUCCACCUCCACCCAGGAAGAGGAGAAGGAGAACCUGUCUUCGUCAGACCUCCAGCCUCCUGCCCCCCUGCUGUCUGCUGGUCUGGACCUCCACAGCACCAAACCUGACCCCCAUCAGGACCAGACCAGCAGCGUCGCUCUGAUGUCCCAGAAGUCUCAGCAUCACGUGGUCUUGGCCACGCCCACUGAGGUGAUGUCACUGGGCGAAGACAGGAAGUGGAGCGUCAGCAGCGUCGAGGAGACACUGACGAAUCUAAACCAAACCCUCAUCCUCAGCCCCGCCCCCUCCAUUACCCCCACGCCCACUGCCUGUGACAUCACCUCUGACAUCACCUGCUCCGCCUCCAGGCAGGAGGAGGGUCCAGGAGGAUCCGAGACCAGAAUCCAGACUGAUCUAGACACGUCUUUGGGAGCUGACCCGCCCACCUCUUCCUCUUCUCCUCUGUUAGAAACACUCCACCCACCUCAGACAGGUUCAGGUGACGUUACGGAGUCGGUCAGUGUGCAGCAGUGUCAGCAGGUCGCCAACGAGUUGAGACAGACAGCGAGACGAGCCGUGCACCUCUACCAACAGCUCAGCGCGUCGGCCGGCGGUUCGGAGCGGCGUCUUCAGAUGUCGUCCGUCCUGCAGGAGGCGUUUGGCGUCGUUCACUCCGAGCUGCAGGAGGUGCUGCGGAGGGGAGACGCGGGGCGGGGCGGUGGCGCCCCCUCUGGUCGACUGGAGGACGGCGGGACGACGUCUCUGCUGGAGAAAUACUCUGAGCUGCUGGUUCAGAUGACCCAGAACAAACUGAACCGAAUCUGAACCAGGACCAGUCACUUCUGCUGCUUCCUGCACGGAGGCUGAGCGAGGACAGAACUCACUUUAACGUCGGCCUGAGUGACUCUGAGCUGGUUUCAUUCAGCUGAUUUUAUAAACAUCAGUAUUAAUUUUAACGCACUUUGUUUUUUUAUGGCAGCAGAAUGUUUUAUUUGUGUUUUUUAAAUCACUGUUUGUACAUAAAAACUGUAGCUUUUUACAUGUUUCUUAAUAAAUGUUUGUGUCUCA